GCAGCGCGCACACACACGGGAAGACUCUCCGGUGCACGGGACCUCUUACUACCACAGUGACGCGCUGCAUGAUCAACACACACAGAUUUGUGAUAAUCUCGAGGCGAAGACGCAAUUUCAGCGACAUUCAGGGGAUUUUACUCGCGAGGUGAUUCCCGGACCGCUGAUCAUCUGUGUUGUCACCAAGGUGGAGAGAUGUGCCUGCAGGGGGGACGAGGCGUCUGGAAUUGAGCGCGGGAGAGAAAGGAUGACGACGAGGACGACGAGACAAUAAAGACGAAGUAGUUUUGGGGCCUGUGCAGACUUCCCGCCGCAGCAGUUGGAUGUCGACGCAGCCACGAUGACAAUGAAAGGCCUGUCCAGCAGCCGCAGUCACCAUCACACGGUGACAUGUGACCCCUCUUACGACUCCAUGACCCUGGGGCACUCGGAUCGCCGGCCCUACUUCCUCAACCCUGGCGAGGCACAUUCAGCCGACCACCCUUGCUACCCCCAGCGCAACUCCUUCCAGUCCGAGUGUAGCGCCUACCCUGAUCUGUCCAGUUGCACCUUCCCUCGUAGACAUUACAGCUCCCACCAUGAGCUCAAGGAGGAGUGCGGUGCCGUGGUGCCUUAUACAGGGCAAGCUGGAAGCGUUAAGGGAAGCGGAGGAAGCAACAGCCGCGUCUCCUCGAACCUGCUGGAGCAGUACGAGGGCCAGGCUCCGAUGCGGCACGAGGGCUACCACACACUGCAGUACAAGCGCACCGCGGUAGAACACCAACGCAGCGACAGCCCCGGUCGGAUCCGGCAUCUCGUCCACUCCGUCCAGAAGCUUUUCACCAAGUCCCACUCCCUGGAGGGGCCGUCGGGGGGAGGAGGGAGCGGGAGGAUGAACGGUAGCAAGUCCAGUCCCGACGAUCCUCCCUCGUCCUCCGGCACCCUGAAGCACAGCAAACGCAGCAAGAGCAAGGACCGCUCAAAGUCUGAGCCCAAGAUGCGCAGCGCCAUCUCAGGCUACUGGAGCUCAGACGACACGCUGGACCGGGAGAUGUGCCUCUACCACCAUCACCACGGGGGCACCAGUGGAGGCCUCCCCUCUGGGGUCAUGACUAUGGGGCGCCAUCCGGAUAAAUCUCAGUCGCAGUACUUCAUGGAGUCCUACAACACAAUCAGUGCCCACUCGCUCAAGACAUCGCGCAGCAACAACGACGUGAAGUGCUCCACGUGCUCCGGGGGCGGCGGCGGCGUCGGGCUGCCGCUGGUGAGCUCGCUGGACGGCCAGGUGCAGCUGAAGAAGAGCUCGUGGUCCUCUACGCUGACGGUGAGCAGAGCAAGAGAGGUCUACCAGAAAGCCUCAGUCAACCUAGAUAAAGCUCUAGUGAAAGCCGAGCAGGGACGCACCUGCCACUUCCUACAGGUGCCUCAGGAUGACUGGGGCAGCUUCUCUCCGCUGGCGAAGGAAGACGAGAUCCCGUGCCGGCGGAUGCGCAGCGGCAGCUACAUCAGAGCCAUGGCGGAGGAGGACAGCGGCGACUCGGACUGCAGCCCCAAGCCCUCGCCCAAGGUGCAGGCGCGGCGGGCGAGCUACCUGAAGGCCACGCAGCCGUCUCUCACGGAGAUGACCACGCUCCAGAUUUCCACGGAGCACUCGCCCAAGCUGCAGAUCCGGAGCCACAGCUAUCUGCGGGCGGUGAGUGAGGUUUCCAUCAAUAGGAGUCUGGACAGCUUGGACCCAGCAGGGCUGCUGGCCUCGCCUAAAUUCCGCUCGCGAAACGAGAGCUACAUGAGAGCCAUGAGCACCAUCAGCCAGGUGAGCGAGGUGGAGGUGAACGGGCAGAUCGAGGCGGUGUGCGAGUCGGUGUUCAGCGAGAUGGAGUCGCAGGCGGUGGACGCCCUGGACCUGCCCAUGGCCGGCUGCUUCCGCAUGCGGAGCCACAGCUACGUGCGUGCCAUAGAGAAGGGCUGCUCGCAGGAGGAGGAGGAGGCCCGGGCCGCGCUGGGCAACCGGAGGAGCCACUCGCCCCCCCGCACGACCACCACGGUCAGGACCAUCCAGAGCAGCACAGUGUCGUCAUGCAUCACCACUUACAAGAAGACGCCUCCCCCGGUCCCUCCACGCACCACCCCGUCCAAACCCUUCAUCUCCAUCACGGCCCAAAGCAGCACGGAGUCUGCGCAGGACGCCUACAUGGACGGGGGCUCGGGCCUGCGGACGGGCAUCAGCUCCCAGCCGGGCCUGUCCAAUUCCACGGAGAGCAUCGACAGCAUGAAGGCCCUGACGGCCGCCAUAGAGGCGGCUAACGCUCAGGUGCACGGCCCCGCCAGCCAGCACGUCACCAACAGCACCAUCACCAUCACCGCCACCGCCACCACCUCCGCCGUAGCACACGUCUCCGCAGACAGCAAGGCUCAGAGGGAAGCGCUCCGCAAGUGCCUCUCCAUAGGGAUCCAGGUGGACCCAGAGGAAGAGGGGCCCUCAGAGGAGCAGUCCAAGUUCCAGUCGAUAGGAAUUCAGGUGGAGGACGAGCGAUGUUACCGCAGGAUGACCCGGUCCAACAGUGUAACCACGGCCGUGCAGGCCGACCUCGACGACCCCGACGACGCCCCCGAGCUGCCACCUCGCCACUGUGCCACCAUGCCGCGCCAGCACUCCCGCGACAAUGCCAGCUCCACCGUCAGCAUCCAAGGCUCGGGCAACCACUACCACGCCUGCGCCGGGGACGACUACGGGGACGUGGGGUUCGACCCGUCCAUCCUGCCCCCCCCGGACCCCUGGAUGGACACCGUGGCCGAGCCUGAGGCGGACAAUUUGGAGGCCGUCGGCCGAUUUGUGUGCCCCCGCGACGGCCGCUGGUUCCUCAAGCUGCUGCAUGCGGAGACGGAGCGCAUGGAGGGCUGGUGUCGACAGAUGGAGCAGGACGAGAUGGAGAAUGAGCUGUCCGAUGAGAUCCUGGGGAAGAUCCGCAGUGCAGUGGGGAGUGCCCAGCUCCUGAUGUCCCAGAAGUUCCAGCAGUUCCGGGAGCUGUGUGAGGAGAAUCUGAACCCGAACGCACACCCGCGGCCCGUCUCCCAGGACCUGGCCGGUUUCUGGGACAUGCUCCAGCUGUCCAUCGAGAACAUCAGCCUGAAGUUUGAUGAGCUCCACCAGCUCAAAGCCAACAACUGGAAACCUCUGUCGCCCCCGGAAAUCCAGGAGAGAAGGAUGCCCCCUCCCGUGCCAAAGAAACCCCAGAAGGGCCACCCUCCCCUGGCUAGGGACCGCUCGCUGGAGAGCAAUGAGCGCCAGCGUCUGGAGGCUCGCAAACGCCUGCUAGCUGCCAAACGUGCUGCGUCGGUUCGGCAGAGCUCCGCCACCGAGAGCGCAGACAGUAUCGAGAUUUAUAUCCCAGAGGCUCAGACCAGACUAUGAGACAAUAACACACAGACACAGACACACUGUCCCACACACACAAUAGCACUGAAUGGUAAGGCUAGGGUGCUAACGUCACAUAAUCCUAUUAUUUGCGGACUAUCCAGAUCACUGUGGGGUCGUCAGUCAGGACGCAGGCAAAUGUACAUGUACAAUAUUUAUUUAUUUAUUUAUCUGCCCCCCCGUCCUCGAUUCCUCCUCCCAGCCUUGAUGUAGCACUCCCUCUUUCCUCCUGUACCUCCGCCCGAGCCCUUCACUCCCAAAGAGGUCUCUUUAUAGAUUCCUUUUCUUCUUUUUUUUCAAAGUGACCUGAUGUUACAUAAGUGAGCCAGGUGUAGCACAGCAGAAAUGCUUCACGUCAAUAUGUGUUACAGGGAAACGUGGAGGAAGCAUGCACGUCCACGAGGAGUGUGUGUGUGUUUGUAAACACAAGCAAACACACACAUAAGAGAGAUAUCACAUAUAGACUCAUAUUUUAUAUAUUUAUUAAGUUUAUUUUAUUCUUUUUUACAAAAUCCCAUGAUUCUGAUUCUGAAAAAAUAUAGUUUGGUUUUGUAUAGUGAGGGUAAACAUCAGGGCAGAGCAGAGCUGAAAAGAGCUGACAAGGCAAUUAUAGGGACACAGUUCACCAUCUGUCUGAAAAUGGGUCUUUUCCGGUGGCAGGAGGUCGACCCGGUAGGAAAGGUCAAGGGUCAAGUCGUGUUUCCCCCCCCCCCCCCUCCAGGUGAGGCGAAGGAGCGGAUUUUUCAAGC